UCGAACGUCCCCGAGCGCACACGGCGUAGACGGAGAGUACGGCGCGCGAGUCUCUGGGAGGAAGAUAACGGUUUAUUUUUUAGCCCCCCGCUCCACUCGAACAACUAGAACAAACCGAACCUGCAUUCUAAGGGGGGUUCGUUCACAGUCUGCUCGUCUCAAGGAGGGAAGCGAGGGAUUGGAGCCGCAAGUUUUUUCUUUUUCUUUUUUCGUCUUGUUUCUCAUUUCCCCCCAAAAGAGGAUUCUGUGUUCCACGGCGGUUUGUUCUCCGCUCUCGCCGCAAAGAUGAUGGUCGGAGAGGUCGACGUGAAGGAGCGACCGAGGCCGAGUCCCGACUAUUUGAUGCAAUUAUUAAACGAGAAGAAGCUCAUGACCAGCUUGCCAAAUCUCUGCGGCAUCUUCACACACCUGGAGAGGCUUCUUGACGAAGAGAUCAACAGAGUGCGUAAAGACAUGUACAGCGACUCGGUGAACGGCCUCGUGGACAGACACCCCCUGGAGCUGCCCGAGCCUGUCGGACCCAUCGUCCACCUGCAGGAAAAACUGUUUGUGCCUGUCAAAGAGUUCCCCGAUUAUAACUUUGUGGGGAGAAUCCUCGGCCCUCGCGGACUCACGGCCAAGCAGCUGGAGGCCGAGACGGGAUGCAAAAUCAUGGUGCGAGGCAAGAGCUCCAUGAGGGACAAGAAGAAGGAGGAGCAGAACAGAGGGAAGCCAAACUGGGAACACUUAAACGAAGACCUUCAUGUCCUGAUCACAGUGGAAGACACGCAGGGCAGAGCUGAGAUCAAGAUGAGGAGAGCGGUGGAGGAGGUCAAGAAGCUUCUCGUACCUGCUGCCGAGGGAGAAGACAACUUGAAGAAGAUGCAGCUGAUGGAGCUGGCGAUCCUCAACGGGACGUACAGAGACAACAACAUCAAAACAUCCACCCUUGCAUUCUCUCUUGCAGCGGCGGCAGCGGCCGCUCAGGGCCAACGUCUCAUAGCGAGCCCCACAGGUCAGAUGAUGGCUCCCCAGGGACUCCGGCCCCCGACAUCGGGUGGGGGUCAGAUCAUGAACCUCAUCCGGUCCCCUCAGAUGGCCGCCAUGAUGACCAAUGGCGCCCCCACCCUGGUGCCUCCCUCGCCGGAUGGCGGGCUCAUCUACACGACCCCUUACGACUAUCCUUAUGCCCUGGCCCCCACCUCCCUGCUGGAGUACCCCAUCGAGCACAGUGGGGUUCUUGGUAAGAGAGCCUGGGGAAGCAUGGGUCCGGCGGGUGCAAUGGCCAACUUUGGCCAGCUCGGACAGGAGGGAGGCUUGUUUUACCCCGGAGCCGGGGUGCUGGACAUGGCUGCCAUGAGCCACAAUCAGGACAUGUUGAAAGGUGCAAUGGCUUCUAAAGUGAGACGGCAUGACACGCGGGUUCAUCCUUACCAAAGGAUUGUGACCGCUGACAGAGCCGCCACCGGCAACUAACACAUGACCUUCUGACCUCUGAACUCUUCACCCAAUGACGAGCCGCCCCAAGCCUGCCUGCUGAUCAGUUAACUGGUAAUUGCCUUUUGCUAGCCUCUCGGACGCAAGUGAGAGAGAGAGAAAGAGAGAGAGAGACGCCUGCCCAUACACCCUAACACGUUCUGAGAAAAGUAGAAACCAAUGGAGAAUCUUCAGAAACACAACAACACCCAACCAAGUUGUGUAAUAUCCAUAUUUUUCCCUCUGUUCAUUGAGUUCAGUUCCCAUUCUUUCUCUUUCUUUUUCUUCAUGAAUCAUAGACCGGGUGGAUGUGUUUGUGGUAUUACUCAUAACUCUGCACUGAAUGAUAUAGCAAUAAAGACCCCGGCCUGCCCACUCUCCUUUAGUCACUCUAAAUUGGUCAAACCAUUUGGUUUCAGAGUAAUAACAUGAUCCCCCCCCCUGGAGAAAAACGAGAUAACUCGAGCCCCACCCCCACCCUGUACCUACCUAUUGGGAGAGAAAAAGAAAUGGAAGGAAAGAGAACAUACACUCACAUUAACUUGUUUUAAUUUCUGUAAUUUUUCACAUGUAGUGCAGUUGUUGAGCUCUAAAAUGUAAUUAUGAGCUGACGCAUUCUGGGUGUGCCCUCCAAACAGCUUUCUGUCCGUUUAAAAAACAAAAAGCAUGGCUGAAACAAUUUAAAAAAGAGCUUUUUAUGAUUUAUGUGUUGUUUUUUCCUCCCCUUUUUUGGCUUUACUUUUUACUCAUUUUCUCCACUUGAUUUUGGUUUCUCUGUUCAUAUUUGACUAAUUAGCUUUGCUUCGAUUGACGAGCCAGAAUGAGGCAGGUGGUUUACCUCUGGAAAACAAAAGCAAUCUGACAGAAACAGGCUGCAGAAACUAAGAAAUGAUGAAGGGCAAGAUGGGAAAGUCACCGUUUGGGCCGAUGAGUGUGUGUGUGUGUGUGUUUUAAUUAAUACUACAAUGAAAGUCGGGUGUGCUGAGGCUUCGGGGACACUGGGGCAGGGCUUAUGAGCGACUGACCGUUGCUACGUCCCCAUCCACACUACAUCCGUUAUACAGUGCCUAAUGUAUUUAGAAAAUUAUCUCCAUGAGUUAGCUGAGCUGUGAUCGAAAAAGACAAAAAAAAGUAUUAAGUGUGCAUAUUUAGCCAAAGGGUUUUUCAAAUGAAUUAUAUAUCUGCAAUUAUGCAUCUGUCUCACAGAGGCCUCUCUGUGAUGUUAGAGUCUGGAAGGGUGUGAAUUUGUGGUGCCUGCUUUCAACCGGAGCAGCCAGCCAGUCAGUCAGAUCACCUUUGACCCGUUAAUGCUCCGUCCUUUUCUGAGGAGGUGAAAGCAGGCAGGUAACACCAAGUCAACGCUCCGCCAGCUAGGGGGGAGGGCGCUUUGAAGUUCUGCACAUAGAGGCUCUAGAGGUUUCUCUAUCGGUUCGUUUCAUCAGCCGCAUUGCCAUGUUAUAUUUUGCAUCUCAACAUUUGGCCAAUUGUUUUUAAGUGUCUUUUUGUUUUUAACCCUAAUCAUAAUUGGAUAUAAUCUGAGCCUUCCUGCGAAUUCGAAAAAAUUCUAUUUUUAUUUUUCAGUAUAUUCCGUACAUGACGAACCCUCCUCCGAAAGCGCAUCCACAAUGUGUCACAGCUCCUUCGAUCGCAGUCGAGCUCCCGAGCCCACGAUCUGUGUUCAACUCUCUCAAGAAAAAAAAAUAGGAUGUGAAAGCCAUGCCUGCCUGUUCAAAUUGCUUUAUACAUACGUCUUAUAUAUAUAUAUAUAAAAUAUAUAUAUAAAUAUAUAAAAAUGUAGAUAUCUGUCAUUGCAUAUACAAAUACAUAAGUGAACAAAAGAAUAGAUAAUUUUACAGGGUGCUGGAGAAGAUAUAAAAAAUUGAAAAAUAUAUUUUUGGCAAUUUUAGCUUUUGAUACUUUACUUGCAGUUACAAAAUCUGGAGAAAGAAAACAAAAAAAAGUGGGGGAAACAGAAAAAAACGAGUGGGUGAAUAAAAAAAGUGCUGUUACUUGGAUACGAUUGGGGGGGGGGGGGGGAGGCGAAGACCAAAACAGUCGUAACCUUUGAAAAGUAAGCGAGGAACGGAGCGAGACGCCCCGAGAGUUUCAAAAGGAUCAAAUCAAAGUGCCUUAUCAACAGUGGUUUCUGUUUUCUGAGUAUUCCAGUUGUGUUCAAUAAUAUCCAGCACCCACCGAGACGGCGCCGAGGAGCGGCUCGCGUCACGCGCUCCGAGUCGAGCAGGGAGCUCCCGCCGUGCCGCGGCGUUACCCGAGUUAUUCUAUGCAAAAAGAAUAGCAGUCGUUUUGACCAGCUAAAAAUAUGUGCCAUGGUUUUGUCUUCCUGAAAUUAUUUUGUUUUCCAUGACUUGAUGGCCCUUUACUCUUCUGUGUGUGCAGGAUUUGUCCUCCUUUUUAUUUAGAUUUUAAUGAUCAUAUGAAAUAUUUGUCCUGAUUUCUUUUGGUGACUGUGACUAACUUCCUAGAACAAAUUGAACUGCCAAUAGCGACGCGGUAUUCUGCCGGGACGCGUGAGAUCAAGAGCUGAGGAAGAGCGUAGCGUUCAAGGUAAUGGAGGGGGGGGGGGGGGGUCGCCCCCGUCGGCAUGACGCCCAUUUGUUUCAAUGGCUGUCGACUCUAAGCAUCCGGCCCGUGUUUCUCCGUGUCAAUUUGACAACACGCCAUCAAUACAAUCACGAUUUAUAACGGGCCAAUGAGAUGCCGGGUAAUGAAACGGGCGACUCCGUUUCACAGCCAAUCGGUUCUCAGUUGUUGAAACAACUGACAGUUCUUUGCUGGAAGGUAAAGUAUUCUCGUAAAUAUUAAAUUGAAGAAUUCUUAGAUCCCAAUAUUACCCGUGGCAGUUUGUCGUUUCUAUUCAUAGCUCUUCAUGCCGUUACACCGAAAGGUCAAUAACUUUUUUCUUUCUUUCUCAGUGUUAUUAUUUUAAAUUGAAAUGCAAUAUUAAAGUGGAGCAAGUGAUGGCUAUUCAGCAUUUGACAGUAUUAAGAAAAUUCCUUCUGCAAUGUUACAACUUGCUGUGUCAUUGUGAAAGGCUGGAUACGUCCAUCAGGUGAAAGGUUGACUCUACCUACCGUGUUCUCUCUGGCCUGCCUACUACAUGUAUGAUAAUGUAAUUAACAGCCAUUGUUACAGGUUUAUAAUGUAUUUUUCUAAUCUCAUUUUAUAUGUAUAUUAAUCAUGUUUCUGAGUGCUUUUCUUUCUUUUUUUAAUGAAAUCCACAUGCAACCCCUCCCCAGACCUCUCUUCCUCCCCUCCCCAUCCUCUUACAUCUUUAAAGCCGUCUGGUGGGGAGUGUUGCCUUUCCCCCGUUUAUAUUUGGUUUUGUUUUCUUGCCGAUUCCCAGCUUGUUUAACUCAUUAGCUUCUUUAUUAGUUUUCUUGUCAUAAGUAUUUUUACAUGCUUGCAUUUAGUUUUCAUGGUGUAUGCUGUUAUUUUUCUUAUUAACCUCUUGGCAUUUAUUUUAAUAAAACAUUCUUAGUAAGAAUUUUACUAACUUGCUGAUAUUUUGUCUUGUGUUUUUAACCAGUUUCAUGAAUGUAUUACUUGGUCUGGUUCACGGACUAACACAUUAAAACUGGUGUCUGGCCACCACUGACACACACACACACACACACUCGUCCAUUGUGCACAUAUGCUCCGCAUACAAUUACUAAACUCACACACACACACAGCCUAACUGGAAACUGCACGAGUUGAUAAGCGUCCUCGCUCCCGCUCACGCUCACCCUGUGCUGCAGAACUCUGCUGACACUCUUCACACUCGCCUCCCGCUCCGUCCCAACGCCGCCGCUGUGUCCCGGCGACUCUCCGCCGGUUGUCCCGUCCUUCUGUGUGUCACUGACCCCCCCCCCCCCCGCGAGGCGGCAGGAAACUACAUCAUUUGAGCGUCGCCGGUUAACUUCUGGACUAAAGCGCCCUCUCGCGAGCGGGGGGCGAUUUGUGUGCACGCAACAACAACAAAACUCAAACAUCCACCGGUGUCCUCUGUCUCUAAGUCGUGGCGAGCGCGGGGCUGAGUCGCGAUCUGGGGCCAAAAAUACUGCAAACUAGAACGGGCACUCGGUAGAGCGCAUACCUUCGCAUAUCACAAGCUUGGGCGUUGAAUUAUGAACAUGUUGGCAUUAGUUGCCAAUUGGAUAAAAAUUGACCGUGCUAUGGUAAAAAGAAGAGUUUGACCUUUUCAUGACCUUAACAUUUGACCUUUGACCAGAUUGAUCCCAAAAUCUAAUCAAAUGGUCCCCGGAUAAUAACCAAUCAUCCCACCAAAUUUCAUGCGAUUCGGUUUAAAACUUUUUUUGUUAUGCGAAUAACACGCAUACAAAUAAAUACACGGCGAUCAAAACAUAACCGUCCGCAUUUUCAAUGCGAAGGUAAAAAUCAUCUCAAAAAGGAUUCAUUUGACUGAAUGGUGUCGAGUUCAUAAAUAACUAUUUGCUUCCCGAGGCAGAGCCGGUCUGAAGCCCCUCCCCCUCCCCUCCGAGGCGCGUUCUGCCUGGUUACCGGCGUUAUAGUCAUCGCCAGCUGUUGUCUGUUUGGUGAACACUUCUCCCAAUUCAGCUUAUUGAUAUAAUGGCUAAUGCGGGCCGUUUGGGAGCGUCCGCGAUGCUUAGACACGCACCAGUAGAGCGCGCCAAUAUCAAGUCCUCUGGGAUCAAAACAACCGGACCAUUCCUUCCGGUGUGAAGCCAGUAGUCAUUGUUGUGUGUGAGACGCUGCCAGUCGGCCCUCUCUCCUCUAUUCAGCCUCUUUUCUUCCUCCACUACUUCAAGGUAUUGACACUGACACAGGAGCGAACAGAUUAAUUCAUUAAUCCGUAUUACUUUAACCCACUGAGUGAUGCCUCCACAUUUAUUUUCCUUUUUUUCUCCUUUUUAAAAAUAUCUGCGCAACACAAAACAUCUUGGCCUUGUUGCUGUUCUCUUCACGUCUCAGGAAGCAAAAACACGAGGAAGGAUCAAAGGCGUCUAACAGCUUAAACUUAACAUUUCUUUCCUCUGAUAUUAACCUUUUUGAUCUGAAAGCGGGCAUCUUCGCCUCCGACGCCCGAUGAACACCAGCGAGUGGCUAAAAGAUUGGAAUAACGGGAGCCGUCCUCGAUAGUUUAUUCCCCUUUUACUUUUUUUUAUUAUGAGCCAUAAGAAUUUUGAAAUUAUUUUUUCUUGUACUUUAUCAAUCAAGUGUCUUCCUUCAUCUCGCCGAGAAGGUUCUUUUUAUAAAUACUCUUUAAAAAACGUAAACUGGAAAAGUUUGGCUGCACAUGGGGAAUAAAGUUAGUCUGGGAUGUUUCCUCGGCUUCAUGGAUCGUGAUUUGAAUUUGAUGGGGUAGGCCCCGCCUCCUGAGAGCGGCGCCGUCGGGGCGUUCAGUGCUUCUAUCUACUAACCACCUCCUCACCUGCCAAGCUUUUAUCCUUCUUCUGUUCUGUUUAACAAACAUUCCUCCAAUGAGUUAAACGGCAGGUUAACCAAUCGGUAGCUCUCGGGCGGCUCACGGGCAAACUACUAAAAACACGACGAGACUUCUUUUUUCUUUUUUAGCCCCACUGGAUUUGUAUGUACAUUUUUACUGUGAUAAAUAUGAAUAAAAAGUCUCGUUUUUUUCCUCAAAUUGAACUCUUGUGUAAGUUCCUCAUCCAGAUAGCGAUGCACGAAAAUCUGAACAUAUAUUCUGUGAAGUCUCUUUUGUCGUGUCUUGUGUCGCGUUGUCUUUCUCGGGUUCGACUCAGAACUUUGAAGAGGGUGUAAAACAUGUAAUGCCAGUUUUUUGUUGCUCACACCAAAAAAAUAAAGAAAGAAAGGAAAACAAAUGUCAUGUGUGAAUAAAGAAGCAUAUUUCCAAGCUUU